UCACCCAUGGCACCUCAACUUUGGGGGUGCGGGCGCUAAACCCCCCGAAGUAAAAAAACGGGCAGUAAACUCCCUGAACUUUGAGGCGGCGCUCACAAAACCCCCUAAGACCAAAUAUCGCCGUUUUUUUCGUUUUCUGUCGACGUGGCAUCCAAUUUCUCGUCCGGACACCAAAUGGCGGCGCCUGUCCCCCCUGCAUGCAUGUCUGACACCUGCUGCUUGUGUAAGAAUGCGUCAGUUGACUUUUUAUUAAAAAAAAAAAAAAAAAAAAAAACUGAAAAGUAACCGCGGUAAUUUAUUUUUUUCUCUCUCCUACUUUUCCUUUUCCCCACUCGCUCCCCUCACUUCCGUUUCACUAUUUUCGUUUCAAAUAUUUUCGCCACGCUUCGUCUUCUUCCCCUCACUGCCGCUUUUUCGUUUCUUCGCUGACACUGACCUAGGGUUAGUUCCUUUCCCAUUUUUCGUUCAAUCUUUCUCAUUUUUCUCGCAUUCUUCCCCACUCUUCCUCCAUUGUUCAACAUUGUCUUUCAUUUACCGAAGUGUUUUUAAAUUUUUGUCUUGUCUGUCUCUGUUAAUUUUCAGAAAAUGGGAUCCAAAAAAACGACGAAAUUGGGAAAAGAAGAAAGAGAAGGGAAGAAACGAAAAGCUACUAGUGAAGAACGUUUUUUUGAGGUCUUUGAAAUUAUUCUUAACUACAAUGGAGACUUUGAAUGGUUUGGUUAUUUUAAUGAGGAUGUGGCUGUCAGAAAAUUUCAUAUUGAGGAUAUAGGAUUAAAUAGUCUAGAUAAGUGGUUACUUGAAUUGAAGGUUCAGGGAUUGCUAAUGUAUUAUUGGAGGCGGGCUGGCAUGUAUACUGAAGAAUUAAUUCCUAUGGAAAACGAUGACCAUGUCAUGGACAUGGCACUGGCUGGGGCACAAGAUGGUAGUGUUGAUGUGUAUGUUAGGAAGUUAAGCUGUGAUGACGUGUGCAACCUAAGGCCUGUAUUUGGACAAACAUUAUUUGAGUUGAAAGAACUUGAAGAUGGGGAUGAUGCAUUGGAGCUGCAGGCUGUUGCUGAGGCUGAACCAGUGCAGGUGCUGCAGAUUGAAGGUCCCGGUGAACCAGUGGAGGUGCUGCAGAUUGAAAGUCCUGGUGAACCAGUGGAGGUGCUGCAAAGUGAAGUUGUUGAUGAACCUGAAGUUGUUGAUGAACCCCUGGAGAAGCAGCAGUCUGGUGGUUCAGACUGAAGAUUGACACACUUGAGUUACCUUGUUUGUGCAAAGUUAUGCUUCAACAGUUGUAACCUUUUAGGUUAAUAUUUAUUUUGCAAUUAGUAUUAAUACUGAGAAUUUAUAUUUUUGCACUGGUUGAUUAAAUGUUGGAGAAGUAUUGUUUGUUUGCUUAUGAUAUUCCCGUUUAUUAUUGUGAA